UUACAAUCAUGGCAGUGAGUGAUUGAACGCUACGAUGUAAACUCACAAUUUUCCCUCCAAAAAAGACAAAACAAUUUUAUUCGUAAUUAGUUCGCUUUCAUCUCAUUUCCAGAAGUGCCUGAUUCAAUUUAAUAGCCUAUUUUUUAUAAACUUGGAGUAAAUACAACAACAAUUGAAAUCAUCAAAAAUGAAUCGAAAUGCAUCAGCGCAGGUUAAACAAUGGGUAGCUGACAUACAGAUGAAUGAAUUCGCAAAAGUUCAAGGAGAAAUAGAUAAUUAUGAAUUUGAGAAUGAAUCCAGCAAGGCCAAAUACCUCCUAAGGCUUCUGAUUUACCUCUGUCAAACAGUCACGAAAGUGUCUUUGAAAAAUCGCCAAUGUGGUUACGAGAUAUCAAAUUUAUCAGAAUACAUCUGCAAGAGUCUCUGCUCGAUUCCCAACACCUCCAAUUAUUUCUCCAGCCUGUACCACAUAAUCAGAGUCCUGCUAGAGAUUGGACUAUACGGAGAAGCGAUGACAAUCUGCAAUUACCUCUUACCUCCAUCAACCUGGCACCAGAAGAUGCUAGACGAAGGUGGGAAUUUGAACGAGCACUAUACAAAACUCUGGUCAAUGCUCUACGUUUCAAUCGACAAGCUAAUGAGAUCGAUGAAACCAGGAUCCCUCACGCCCACUAUCUUCCACGAAAUCCUCGAAAUAAUUGAGUACCAAUUGAACAUAGAACAGCUCGCUAAAUCCGAUGGCUCCAAAUCCCUUCUGCUCAAACUCCUUCUCUACUCAGACUUCUUGGAGCAUCUGAAGUGCUCAAGAGAACACUUCGAUGAAUUCACUGACAAGUUUUUUCUGAAGUACCUGAGUAAAACAAAGCUGCAUCUGGGGGAUCGCAACAGGUCCGCAACAUACGAGAACUUCACGAAAAUAAUCUCAAAGCUCUCCGUAUACUACAUAAAGAAGAACAAAUUGGAAACACUGCGGAAAAUCCUGAAGAAAAUCCUAAAGAACUUUGAAAUGUGCACGUUGGAGAGUCGUGAGGCAUCCAAGUGCCACCAACUCCUGGCAGAUUUCUCCAACAUUUUUAUUAUACCUCUCACAAAUCUCUCCACCAUCGAUAUCGAGGAGAUAAACGAUCUGAUCCAGAGAAUUCAAGGCAUGAUUCUCAGCUAUGGUGAGGAGAGCCUGAUAAAAUCAAAUAUCUAUGCUAUCUCCUCAAUUCUGGAGACACUGUGUAUGCUCUGGGGGGAGCUUGGCCAGAACAGCUCGGACCAGCCACCACGAGAGGUAAUUCUGAGCACCACAGACCUCUUAAAUUAUCUCUCAGAGAUCAUCAGGACCUAUCAGGUGCACUCUCUCUGCAAAUGUGGAACCAAGACCUGUUUAGUCCUCCAAGAUCAAGCAACCUCAUCCCAAGUGAAAUCUAGAAUUCUCUCUGUGCUCUGUCGACUCUGUCCAAAGUCACAAUUACCUCCAGGUUUCUUCGAGCAAUUUUCAAUCAUUUCCACCCAGUGUGUCGACCUUCUCUAUGAUCUUCAGAGGAAAAACUGCGAAGGGUGGAAGAGCAAUUGGCUGAGCACUGCAGUGUCCAUCUACAAUUUCGCCUUGAACUUCUCAUCGUGUCAUUACGAAAAAAGUGCUGAGCUUUACAAAUUCCUAGCCAGCAGCAUCAUCAAGUUGAAAGCCACGGACGAGGAUAAGAAAUUCUGUCUAUCGAUUUCAACGCCACCACUGUCCUUAGCCCUUCACAGACUCAGUAAUCUUUAUUAUGGCAAUCGGCAGUACGAGGAGGCCAGAAUUUACGCUGCUCUCAACGUGUACUUUCAUCCGACUCAUCCAGACUGCCAGGGUUAUCGGAACUGGUCCUUCAUUCACUACCAGAAUUCAUCCUAUCGGCAUCUGACUCUAGUGAAUUUUCUACGGGAGCACCCAGACGACCUAAGAGUUCUUGGUCUAGGAAAGAUAGAGCUGAAAAAUCAAGUGCUGCAGGACAUCUGCAUCAGGGAGAUAAAAUCCCACAUUGCGAUGAAGCUCGAUCUCUCUGAGGCCAUUCUCGCUGUCUUCGAUUGCCUUGAGACACUCAAUGCUGAUGAAAUUACUUAUGCAACAGCUGUGCAUCAGAUUAGUUAUCACUCCCUCAACUUCCAAUCAAAAACCCCUUCGUCCGAUCACCUAAAGACAGCCAUGGGGAAGUUGAAGUCCUUGAAGCACGAUAAAUCUAAUAUUCAUUACAUCCAAUAUCUCAUGGCACAUUUCGCUCUUUACGAAGUUCUUGAGGAGAUUCGAUCCAUUGAAGAAGCCACGAAAGUCGAAAUGAAGGUCGCUAAUAUCAAGCUCUAUGCAGCAUCUAAUAAUGGUGUCAGCACUAAAGAAUCCAACGUUGUGCCAACCUUCAGUCAAAUAAACAUAAAGACUGCAAAAUCAAUUGCAUCACAAUUAGAAAGCAUCUACAAUUUGUGGAACAAGUCAUUAACUCCAGAAUUAAUAACUAAAUGGGAUUCGAUCGGUGGAACAUCAACAGUGAAGGCUAUCAUCGUAGCUGGGGAAUACUCGCGAUUCUACCGCUACAGAAAACUGGAGAUUAAAUUCUGGAAGAUGGGGUACCAUUGUGCUGUUAAAACCGACAGUCACGAGUCGAUUGUGUACAUCACAGCUCGCAGCAUCUCAUCUCGAUACAUCAACGACGACUGGAUUGAAAAUUCCCAAGAGAUAAUAGCAAGCAAGCUGAUUAAUUCGAAGGAGCCAAAGGUGCCAGCCAUCAUUGCCAUGUUCAAACUGAGUUUAUCAGAUUAUUAUUACUACAUUGGAAAUACGAAAAAGGCUGAUCAGCUCUACGAGGAGGGAAUGAGAGCAGCACCACUGAAUAUCAGUGAAAACUGUGGAACAUUUAUUUUCAGUCAGCAAAUUGUUCUCACCCAUCAAUUCCACAACUUUCCACCGGAGAGAAAGAAUAAUCUCGAGUACACUGGAAUCUUUGGGCAUAUUCUCUACGCAAUGCUUCUCAUCGACGACACAGCUGCCGAACUCAAGGACCUCGUGUGGAGUCUCUACGAGAUGGAUAUGGUUUUUGAAGUGUCCUGCAAUAUUGCCAACAGAAUGAAUGCUCUGUUCUCAUACCGAGAAGUCACAGCUCACCUGGUAAGACGUCUCAAAGUUUGCCAGCCCAAAAUAUCAGUUCUCAGAGUGGCUGAAAUUUUAAAAUACCUCUGCAUAAUCGAUUUAUCGAGGAAUCAACUGGAGGAUUGUGAAGUCAAGCUCCAGGGAAUGGAGCAUAUCCUGCAGAUGGAAACAUUUUCUGGAUUUAUGGAGAGGGAAGUGAUGAAGAUCCCUGAUUCGUCUUCAUUUUUAAAUGCUUUCCCUGAUCGAGCAUUGAUGGAUCCCAUCAGGGACAUUCCUCAGAACGACUCAUCUCCAAUUCUCAGACGAGAGCGAUUCGCACUUCCCGAUUUUAUGAGUCACGGGCAGAAGUGCAAGUGUUUCACGUGUGUCGAUGAUGCUUACAAAUUCCUCGUUUUCUCUUGCACUCACAUCAGGGCUCAGCUCUACACUCUCCAGAAUCUAAGGCAUUACGCCAGGCAGCAUUUCGAGGGAGCACUGAAUAUCAGUGAAAAAUUACUGGAUCUAUCCAGGAAGGAGGAUAAUUACCAAUAUUAUUACAUCAUAGAUUACGUCCUCUUCUUGCUGGAUUUUAUAAGAUUUUUAAAAAAAGACAACAGCACGUACGAGGAGGGGAGAAAAUUCGUAUGCUGGGCACUUGAGAUCUGUGAUAUUUACAAGCUCGAGUGUCACCCUGUGUACAUGAGUGCAAUGGAAAUCGUCUUUGAAUACAGAUUCGAGAAAGUCUUCCCUGAGGAAUUACCCACGUCUAGUCUAGUCAUUCCAAAAGUGGAUGACAUCGAUGUUCAUGAGUUUACAGAUCAUCAGGAAAUACCAGAAGCCUUCUGUGUCACACCAAUCAAGGAAAGUGGAAACAGCCCCAGGCCUGACUCCAGGAGUCCUCGUAGGAAGAACAAAGCUCCAAUUUUAUCUCUGAGUGAGGCCAAUGUUGGCACUGUUGAGAGUGAUCCUGAAGAGCUCAGUCCACCGCUCGUAGUACCUGAUAAAAGAAAAAAACGAGUGGUGACAAGGGUGAAACCAGUGAGGAGGAAACUGGCAGAGAAUGAUUUUGAACAGGAUGAUGAUGUUGUAAAGAUUUCAACAAGGAAGUCAUCUCCAGUACCUAAAUGUGACGAUCUUGGUGUCAAGUUUACAACACUCAUCAAUAAAGCUAUUAGGGUGGCUUCAGAUCUGUCUCGCAAGCUCCAUGUCCUCAGUAGGAAGGCAGAGGGCCCAAUUACUGAUGAUCUCCUUCAAAAGCUUGUGGAUAUUCUGGAGGAGGGGUUAACGAGGUACGAGAAACAGAGGAAGAAUGAGGUGGAAGGGGCUUCGGGGGGGAGUCGAAAGGCACUACGGGGUACGGAAAUAUUUUAUUUAGAUGUUGGAGAGGUACAGGGAAUCAUAGAGACUGCCAAGUCGAUGAUGUCGAUUGGGGACUUGUCGUCGACUGCUGCAGGACCUGGAGAACUUUCAAAAUCACGUCCCAGUGGUCCUACUGAAAAAUCCUCGAGAAAAGGAACUGAUCCCAGUGUCGCAGCACUUGCAAAAGGCAUUGGGAAAUUAUCUGUGAGAUCUUCUGUUUCGCAGGUUGAUGCUGUGUCCAAAAGAGUUAGAAAACUGUCUGUUAGAUCCUCUGGUUCGAAAGUUGAACCUGCUAAUGGGGUUGACAGGCUCUCUGUGAAGAACUCUCGGCGUAGGACUCCGGGAAUUAGAAUAAAUGAUGAGGAGGGUGUAGGGAGUGAUGAUGAGGUUGUAGAACCAAGUAUUAUCGAGCCUAGACGUUCACGCAGGCUUGUUGGAAUGAGUUCUACCACUGAAACCAAAUUGUCUCGAAAGAGAUUGUAAUUAAGUAUUUAGUAUUUAUAGAGUGAUUGAGAUUUUUUUUUAAAGAAUGUAGUACAUAUUUUUUAUACUUUUAUACUGCACUUUUGGGUUGAUGUUCACAGAACAAUUCAGAAGGUGAUGGUUUAUAGUCAAUUGUCAGAACAGAAUAUUUUCUGGAAUACAUCCGUUGUACGUACUUCUUCGGAGAGUCCCUUUUGUAAUAACUUUGGAGAAAUUGAAGUAUAUGCUUUUGAUUUUAACGAUUGUUCGAAGUUCAGUGUGAAUGAUCUAAUUAAUUAAAAAGAAAAAUAGAAAGAAAUGGAAGAA